GCAAGCGCAGACUUUGGCUGUGUUUGGCCGAUACUUGUGAGGCGCCUGUCACAUGAGCCGAGCGCCCGCUCCGCUCCCCCUCCUCCCGGCUGGGCUGUGAAUGAAGCUCUGCCGGCUACGUGGGGCGCUAGCUCGGCUUGGUGUACUGGACGCCAGAGCCGACUGAGCGCUCGGCCCGCCGGCGGCCGAGACGGGCUCCGCCGCCCCUGACCUCGGCGACAGGUUGAGGGCUUGAACUUCUUGCAGAAAACAAGGCCACACAGCGGCUGGUCUGUCUACAUCCCAUUCAAGCCUUCUUAUAAAACUGGAGGGCUUUGGGAAAACAAGUGUGUGACACCAGCGUGGGAGAAGAAAGGCUGAAGAUGGCCAUGUGGCAGGGGGCCAUGGAUAACAGAGGCUUUCAGCAGGGGAGUUUCAAUAGCUUCCGGAGCAGCUCCAGUGAUGAAGACUUGAUGGACAUACCAGGGACAGCUAUGGAUUUUUCCAUGAGAGAUGAUGUUCCUCCCUUAGAUGGGGAAAUAGAAGAGGAAAAGUCAUACAAUGGUGGAGGAAUAGGUUCUUCAAAUAGGAUGAUGGACUUCUUGGAGGAGCCAAUCCCUGGUGUGGGGACCUAUGAUGAUUUCAAUACAAUUGACUGGGUGAGGGAGAAGUCUCGAGACCGGGAUAGGCACCGAGAGAUUACCAAUAAAAGCAAAGAGUCAACAUGGGCCUUAAUUCACAGUGUGAGUGAUGCUUUUUCUGGCUGGUUGUUGAUGCUACUUAUUGGGCUCUUAUCAGGCUCCUUAGCUGGCUUGAUAGACAUUUCUGCUCAUUGGAUGACAGACUUAAAAGAAGGCAUAUGCACAGAGGGAUUCUGGUUUAACCAUGAACACUGUUGCUGGAACUCUGAGCACGUCACCUUCGAAGACAGAGACAAAUGCCCUGAGUGGAAUAGCUGGUCCCAGCUUCUCAUCAGCACAGAUGAGGGAGCCUUUGCUUACAUAGUCAAUUAUUUCAUGUACGUCCUCUGGGCUCUCCUAUUUGCCUUCCUUGCCGUGUCUCUUGUCAAGGUAUUUGCGCCUUAUGCCUGUGGCUCUGGAAUUCCUGAGAUAAAAACUAUCUUGAGCGGUUUUAUUAUUAGGGGCUAUUUGGGUAAGUGGACCCUGAUUAUCAAAACCAUCACGUUGGUGCUGGCCGUGUCAUCAGGCUUGAGCCUGGGCAAAGAGGGCCCCCUAGUGCACGUGGCUUGCUGCUGUGGGAACAUCCUGUGCCACUGCUUCAACAAAUACAGGAAGAAUGAGGCCAAACGCAGAGAGGUCUUGUCGGCUGCAGCAGCAGCUGGUGUAUCCGUAGCCUUUGGGGCACCGAUCGGUGGAGUGUUAUUCAGCCUAGAAGAGGUCAGCUACUAUUUCCCCCUCAAAACGUUGUGGCGUUCAUUCUUUGCUGCCUUGGUGGCAGCAUUUACUCUACGUUCCAUCAAUCCAUUUGGAAACAGCCGACUGGUUCUGUUUUAUGUGGAGUUUCACACCCCAUGGCAUCUCUUUGAGCUUGUGCCGUUCAUUCUGCUGGGUAUAUUUGGUGGUCUGUGGGGUGCUUUGUUUAUCCGCACCAACAUCGCCUGGUGUCGGAAGCGUAAGACCACUCAGUUGGGCAAGUAUCCUGUCAUAGAGGUACUUGUUGUGACAGCCAUCACUGCUAUCCUGGCUUUCCCCAAUGAAUACACCCGCAUGAGCACAAGUGAGCUCAUUUCUGAGCUGUUUAAUGACUGUGGCCUUCUGGAUUCCUCCAAGCUUUGUGACUAUGAGAACCGUUUCAACACAAGCAAGGGGGGUGAACUGCCCGACAGACCGGCUGGUGUGGGAGUCUACAGUGCCAUGUGGCAGCUGGCCUUGACACUCAUACUGAAAAUUGUCAUCACUAUAUUCACCUUUGGCAUGAAGAUCCCAUCUGGCCUGUUUAUCCCCAGCAUGGCUGUUGGUGCUAUAGCAGGCCGACUUUUAGGAGUAGGAAUGGAGCAGCUGGCUUAUUACCACCAUGACUGGGCCAUCUUUAAUAGCUGGUGUAGUCAAGGAGCAGAUUGUAUCACCCCUGGACUUUAUGCGAUGGUUGGGGCUGCAGCCUGCUUAGGUGGGGUGACUCGGAUGACUGUUUCUCUCGUUGUCAUAAUGUUUGAACUAACUGGUGGCUUGGAGUACAUUGUGCCUCUGAUGGCUGCAGCCAUGACAAGCAAGUGGGUGGCAGAUGCUCUGGGGCGGGAGGGCAUCUAUGAUGCCCACAUUCGUCUCAAUGGUUACCCCUUUCUUGAAGCCAAAGAAGAGUUUGCUCAUAAGACUCUGGCAAUGGAUGUGAUGAAACCCCGUAGAAAUGAUCCUUUAUUGACUGUCCUUACUCAGGACAGCAUGACCGUGGAAGAUGUAGAGACUAUCAUCAGUGAAACCACUUAUAGUGGCUUCCCAGUGGUGGUGUCCCGGGAAUCCCAAAGACUUGUGGGUUUCGUUCUCCGAAGAGAUCUCAUCAUUUCAAUCGAAAAUGCUCGCAAAAAACAGGAUGGAGUUGUGAGCACUUCCAUCAUUUAUUUCACUGAGCAUUCUCCUCCGAUGCCACCAUACACACCACCCACCCUAAAGCUUCGGAACAUCCUGGAUCUCAGCCCCUUCACUGUGACUGACCUUACACCCAUGGAGAUUGUAGUGGAUAUCUUCCGCAAGCUGGGACUGCGGCAGUGCCUGGUUACGCACAAUGGGCGAUUGCUUGGAAUCAUUACCAAAAAGGAUGUGCUAAAGCAUAUAGCACAGAUGGCGAACCAAGAUCCUGACUCCAUUCUCUUCAACUAGAAUCACAGGGUUGUGCUGGAUAUAAAACAGGAAGGACAUUGCAGACCAUGGAUGUAUUUUAUUAACUGGGUACCCAAAACACAUUUCCCAUAUUUGGAUGGUGAAGUUAUAUUAGUGUGUUGUCUCUUUCCUAUAAGUUAACCAGUUGCACUACAUAAUCUCUGGAAUUUAAUCUUCUCUUUAGGAGAAAAUACAGUUAGGCUUCUGUGAUAUCGCAUUAGGAAGAGUUCAUGAGAGAAUAAACAAGAUUGCUAGGGUUUAAUUCUUUAAAAUUUUUUUUUUAAUUUAAAACAUAAUUGUUAGCCAAUAUGCAAUCACUGAAAACUAUGCAAGAAAAAUUCCAACCGUCCUGACCUAUAGCCUGCAGAAAGCUCAUGACCAAGUCACUUUUUUGGACUCUGUCAUUGGUGGAAGAUGAAGUGUAAACUAAGGGGCUUUGCUUUUCCGAACACAGAAAAGAAAGCCAGAAGGAAAAUAGUAAUGCUGUUUUCCAGACUGUGAAAAUUCAGUUCAAAUGUUUUCUUGUUCCUGUUACAAUAUUUAGCAUUAUUAGUUUGUGUGUGUGUAUGUGUAUGUUAAUAUCUGAUUAUAAGACAAUGCUGCUUUGGUUAACCUCCUCUAAACAAAUUUAGAGAGGUUGACUUUUAUAGCUUGCUUGUUCCUGGUACUCUUUUGAAGUGCACAAAGAUAAGUUAUGGAACUUUCUCCUUGUCUGCCAAAAGGGUGAUUUUCCAGAUGGUAUUUGUUAGUCCAGUAGACAAGGACUUUGCCAUGAAUUCGUUAGUAACAAAGAAUGAUUUCUCCAGCUUCCUUGAAAUGAAUGAUUAGUAAAGUUCUAAGCCAAGUCAAUGACUAGGAAUUUCAUGUUUUUUUGUGAGGUCCCAACUAAUUCUCUUACCCAGAUGCCACCUCCAUGAGUGAUGGUGCUUUAGGCUUCUGGAAUAUGUAAGAAUAGUAAAGGGAACCAAAUCUGGACUGCAUACUGAUAAACCAGGGAAGAUCCUGAGCUGUAUCUGCAUUCUCAUGCAUUCCUUCAUAAAGACCACCAGUACUAAAAUAACUGGGCACUCAUGCCUCCUUCCAGUGUUAAGUACAUAUAACAGGCCAGUUGUUGUCCCUGUGAGCAUGAAUUAAGGCUUGGGGUACUUUCAAAUCCAUUUGAGGCAUUGGAAUAGGAUAGGCAGCUGUGACUCCCUUGGGGUUCCUUAGAAUUCUAAAUAAAAUACAGAACCAUCCUAAGACCCAGGGGUGUGGACAAGGCCUGGUGACACCAAAGUGCUUGUAUCCAAUUGAAAAGGUGCCUGUCUCAAUUUUCUACCACCUUUACUGCAGUAGAAAAACAUCACACUGUAGGGACGCCCGGUGGAAUCACAGAGCUACCACCAUCAUUCCGAUACUGGUUUCAUUUUCUGUUGUUGUCCCCAUGUGCAGCUGGUACCCCUUGUUUUCCUCCAUUCUUUUCCCCUCCCUCUCCUCAGUCCUGAGUCCUGUCUUUGGGAUUGAGUGCCAUGCCUGGUUAAUCAUUCCGAUUUCAAAAAAUAACUUCCAGGGCUAGUUAAAUUGUAAACCAGGGCUCAGCAAUCUUAGGGCACAUGGACCAGAGGGAACACACAGCCAUUAGCUUUGCUCUGUAGCCCAGUUGCUGCCACUGUGCCUCCCUCCCUUCCUGUGCAGAUGCCCACAGCAGCAAGACUUAACUGCCAGGGCUGCAAAUUCAGCCUUUCCUGUUUGACAAGUCUGUUACCCCCCACCCCCACCCCUUGCACCACCAUUCCAGCCUAGAACCAUCAGUCACUAGGGAUAUCCUCCCCCGCCCCCUUCCCCUUCCCCCAACACCUCAGGGUUCCUCAUUUUAAAAGUUGCUGAGCCCUGAAUCUAGAAUUUCUUUUUCUUCCUUUUCUUUCUUUCUUUCUUUCUUUCUUUCUUUCUUUCUUUCUUUCUUUUUCUCUUUCUUUCCUUCCUUCCUUCCUUCCUUCCUUCCUUCCUUCCUUCCUUCUUCCUUUCUUUCCUUCUUCCUUUCUUCCUUUUCUUUUCUCUUUUCUUUUCUUUUCUUUUCUUUUCUUUCUUCCCCUAGUUCUUAUCUUUCCAACAUCUGAAAUUCUUUUAUUGCCCAGAACUGGACAGCCAAGGCUUUUAUUGAUUUUUAUCUUUCAAAUAUCAAGGCAGUCACCAGAGUUUCUUUUUUUAAAGUAUAUCACUCUAACAUUUUAAUGAAAGAGAAAAAACUCCCUAGGUUAUAUUCUAUUAUAGUCAUGACUCAGUCACUUUACAUCUUUUGUCCCUUCCAUGCCACUGAUUUCCUCGAUUGAGAUGAGGCUAUGUGCCAGACCACCCCUGUGUAUUGCGUAGAAGUCAUUCUUAUCUGUGUAUUUCUGGUUCACUGCCUAUCUUUUCUUAUUAGCCGUCCAGCUAAAGUUUGCAAAACAGGAAGUGUUAGUAUUUCUGGUAUUUGAUGACAAUGAAAAGUUUGGUCUCAUUUCAUAGGGCAGCAGCGAUAUGGAGGGUGUCUAAGUUUGCCUUUGUGUUUCUUCUAGACUCUGUUUUUGAUUUUAGACAGAUGAGCCAGUGUUAAGGUGCUACUUCAGAGAAUAUUUCGAGAAAUCAGAUAACACUGUGCCAAGGUAUACUUUCUAGAUGCUAAGCACCGAUUGGCCCUCCAGAGAAUAAUAGCCUUUUGAUACCUCACUCCUGAUAAAUCUCAUCCAUUAACCUCAGCUUCUCAGGAAUCCUUGUAACACAUAUGCUAGAAGUAGCUAUAGUGUAUGGUAUUCAUUAUAUGUCCAAUCCUAUGGUUUGGCUCAAAGGUUGGCUAAUUGUGGCUACAGUUCUCUGCUAGACUGCUAGCUCAGCACCUUAACACUCUAGAGUUUCUUGUCUUAAGGCAAAGGAACAUGUUCUUUCUGCUAUUGCCAAUUCAGCAGUUGGACAUACUUAACCAACAAACAAAGCUGAUACAGGGAGGUCUGUCAGUCGCCUCAAAUGGCCACAUACCUCAAUGGCAAAAGGCUAGAUAAUCUGUGAUUGGCAAAUUAAUUUGAGUUGAAACUAGUCUGUUUUGGCAUUAAGAAAAGAAAAUUGCCCGACACAAGGGAAGGAGCUAUAAAAGAAUGCCAAUAAGUGCUUCAAGAGAGUUAGGAUUUUCCGAGGGAAAAUAUGCCGUAGACAUCCAGCCAUUAAAAGAGUGGGAGUCUACAGGUUCAUUAAUAGUCUAACUGGUAUAUUUUGUAUAGUCAGGUCUUCAAUGUAAAUAAUUAAAGAAGCCAAAACAGGUUAUACCGUUGGAGGGAAAGAAGCAAGGGACUGAAAAUGCAAACUAAUGGCCACUUUCAAGGUCGUUUCUAUUUGGAUGUUUGUUCAGACACUCUCCUCUUUUCUGGCCCCAGCUUCCUUCUGGUUCAGGCCAACUGUCGAGUGGAGGUGGUAUAGUCCAAAGAACUGAUAGCCUCUGGUGGAUAAUCUGACACUGAUGACACUUUGGAUUUUGCCAGUAGGCAGAACAAACGAUCAAUUCGCUGAAUGAACAGCAAAGCAGUUCAGUUGUUUUGGCACCAGAGGCUGAAACUGAACCCCUUUUCAGGAAAAGCCGAGCAUAGUGUAAAUUUCUCUAGCAAGUCUCCAAUUUCAUUUGAACAUGAGAAAGAGAAAGUAAUGGGGAUUUAGUGUGGUCUAAGGCUGUGAAGUAACUCUGAACCAUGAUGUUAUGAACUCGUUCAGGUGUGGGGGGAGCAAAUCUAUUUUUAAAAACUCAUCAUGCAGUAGAGUAUGUCAUGCACAGAAAUCAUGGCAUAUUACAUUAUAGGUUUUAAGUAUUUGAAUCACCUGUCUCCAUUGGGUCUCAAUCUUGGUUUGUGUUGUGAUGUGAUGAACAGGAAGGUGAACUUACUACCCCAUGGUAUCUUUGUUUUUGUUUUUUUAAUCACAAGGGGUGCAGCUUUUGAAGUUGAGUUUUUAAUGAAGAUAGCGAAGACAAUAUUGAGAAUUUGAAAUGGCCAGUGUGUUUUACAUUGCCAAAGUACUUACUGAUGACUGGCCAUGUUGCCACCCAUCAGUUCAGAGAAAGCAGGAGAACAUUUUUCAUGGUGGUACACAGAAUAUUGAGCUUGAGAAAACCCUGAGAAAAAUUAGAAAUUUAGAAAGUAGAUGGGAAGUAGGAUAUUUAGUCCUGAAAAAAAUUGAUGUCUAAAUAUGUGGUCUGAACUUAAGUGUCCUAAAACCUUGAUUUUUUUUUAAACCACCUCUGGGUUUGCCUGAAUUCCCUUUGGGGAGAGAAUUGAAGGAUGUGGCAGUGGAAAAGCCCCAGUAAGAAAAUAUAUGCGUUCUUACAAGAUGGUUGGAGGAAGGCCAUCCUGUGCCCCAAGCCAUACAUCCUAGCAUUUAUAAACUGCUCGAUCAUGUGCCUCAGGUAGAGAAAAAGUCAAGUGGUCUUUCAAAGACUGUGUUUUCCAUGUCGGGGACAGGCUCAAAGCAACAUUUAGCUGGAGGCAGUCGGCUUUUAUGGAGAAGGCUGACCCAUGGCAUCUGCUCACAAAGGAGGGCAACGUCUACUGCCAUUGCCUAAAUGAUAAGCUUUAGGUAGAUUUUCUUGAAUUUUGAUAGCAAAAUAUUUUUUUAAAUCUCUAUUUUAGCCUCCCUAGAAUGUACUUAUUGAAAUGUAUGUAUGAAAAAGAAAAACGUGAGGGUUUCUCAGAUCAGAGCUCAGGGAGUUGUGUCAGUUUGCAGUGAAAUUAAUGUAAUGGACCUGUGGCGACCAUUCAGUUUUGCUCUGCCUCAAUUUCAGUUGUGUGCUCCAAGGAGAGAAGUUCUUGGAACAGCAAGUGUUUAGCAACUUCACGUUACUCCACAAAUCUUUGCUGGCUGCAGUCUCACUUCUAAACAUCUGGAUCUGGGCAAAGUUUUAAAGUGAUGUAAGAAACAAAAUUGUUUUUUUCCACAGUGCAGUCCGAUUUUGCCGAAUUUCCCAGGAAAGAAAGUAUAUGAUGUACAGAAUUCACAUUUCUUGGAUGGGACCUAUCAAGUCACCCUGCCUAAUCCCACAGUCAUAAAUUCCUACCUCUCAGUUCCAGCCAAAGGGUCUUCAGCCUUUGCCUGCACUCACUGCAUGCCCAGAGUUUGGCCUUUUAAAAGGAGAAACAGCAUAUGGUGGUUUUUAAAAAAUGAUCUUUGCCUCUCCUUCUCUCUCUUCUCCCCACCCCCCUUUUUCUCCUGUCAUCCACAAAUUCACAUUUUUCUCAGUUUGCAAGUGUGCUGUUUUGAAUGUGAACCUUGGGGAAAGGACAGCAUCUCUCUGAGAAUAGAGAAUGGAAGAUGCUUCUGAGUUGGUGGGCCAAACAGGGCUUUGUGCCACUGUAGAGGCCAAAGCCAGUAGUAUUUGUUGAGAGUGUUGAGGGCUUUAGCAUCUCAAGGCAGACAUAUGAAGUAGUCAGAGCUAAACAUUAUCGUCUACUCAUCCAAACCUAUUGAAAGUCAACGGCAGCCUAGGAUUUAGUGAGUGAAAUGCCAUCUGGCAAAAUGGGGAUGAGGGAGUAGCCUGAGAUGGUUUUAUCAGGGUGGGAAUGUUCAGUCUCAUUAUCAUAUUGAGUGUACCUCAAAAUACAUGGUCCUUUCAAGAGUGCUCAUUUUCCAUUCUCCAUUUCACUUCAUCCUUUUUCCUCCCUCCUUUCUCUCUCAUUGCCCUGCCUUUUAAGUACUCAGCUUUUCAAUAAGUAUUUACAUUUUUAUUAUAUAUUUGGUCCUUUAGGACUAUGUAAUGAUUAAGAAUUAAUUGCAUUCUAGAUUUAAAACAAUGAUGUUUAAUAUUUUGUUUUUUUAAACUGUCUUUUGAAGCUAUGCUGCUAACCAGGUACAGGCCAGAAAGGAGUUGGACCUGACCGACAGCACCCUGGUCAUGUCACCUAAGGGUGACGUUGAUGUCAUCAUGGUGACUCUUCUCUAUUUUACCAAGGCCAGCCUCCUGCUCUUACCUCUGUUCAUUCAUUCCUGGCUCUGGGAAAAAUAUUACCCAUUGGGUGAGCUGAUGAGGCCAGGAAGGUAAGAAAAGCUGGGUUCCUGCCCAUGGGCCACAUAUGAAUUCUCUGUAAUACGCUCAUUUGUAGGGCCGGCUCCAACUGCAGUAGCCAAAGAAAACCUGUCCACAUUUCAGUUCCUAAGUGUUGGUAAAAGUUCAACUGAAGCUAAUGUGUAGAUAUCGGCAGUAGCUAGGCAAAUACAGAAACUAGCAUCAACCAAAGCUAAUAUAGCCCAAGUUUCCCUAGGAAGCUUGGUGCUGAGCUGUUCAGAGCAAUUAUUUAUUGGAGUGUUGCCAACCCUUAAGUUAUGCUUUCUUAGCUUUAUUCUAGCUUAUGGAGAUGUUGGUCCCCGUUCAUAGGCACAGCCGGUACCAAAGCUAUAGCUUACUGCUCACUUCAUUUUGCUCCCUAGUCAUGCAUAGCAACAUAGUCUAAAAAGGAAGACAUAGGCUGGGGAGUUAGGAGACCUGGUUUCUAUUCCUUAUGCUUCUACUAACUAGCCUCGAGAUCUUAACCGCUCUGUGCCUCAGUGUUCCCAUCUGCAAAAUGGGGAUAGUGUUAAUUGCCCUACCUACCUCACAGGGUUGUUGUGAGGAUAAACUGAGACAAUGAAUGGAAAGUACUUUGACAAGUAAGUGCUAUGCAAAUCAUAAGAAAUGGAAACAAUCAUGUUAAAGGCAAUGGAAUGGACAUUGGCAGAAGGGUUAAUGGGAUUGUCCAGCCCUUUCUCUGUGUGGUAUAAACCCGGGUCGCCAUUGCUUUAUACAUUUUCACUUAGCACAGAUUUGUAAUUAUGCAUGUAAUAAAGCACAGCCUUAUCCAA